GGGGUCCUUUGCUCGCGCCUAAAUUCAAAGGCAUAAAUAGUUCCUCUCCGCUGCAGAGCGCGGGAUGAGUGUUGUAUCCGCUAUGGUGGAAUUCGCUUCGUAGCGCCCGAAGCCGGGCAAGGCUGGCCCACUCUCCGCCCUAGUGACUAGGAAGAACUUUGGGGGCGCCGCAAGCCCAGGCGGCCUGACGCAGCGGUGAGGCAGAACUGCUUUGUGGCUUGCUUGAUUUCUAGCAGAGAUUUGCCUGUCCGAGUCAGUAGUGAAAAUGCACAUUAAGUCAAUCAUUCUUGAGGGAUUCAAGUCCUAUGCUCAGAGGACUGAAGUCAAUGGUUUUGACCCCCUCUUCAAUGCUAUCACUGGUUUAAAUGGUAGUGGGAAAUCCAACAUAUUGGACUCCAUCUGCUUUUUGCUGGGCAUCUCCAACCUGUCUCAGGUUCGGGCUUCUAAUUUACAAGAUUUAGUUUACAAAAAUGGGCAGGCUGGUAUUACCAAAGCCUCCGUGUCAAUCACCUUUGAUAAUUCUGACAAAAAGCAGAGUCCUUUAGGAUUUGAGGUUCAUGAUGAAAUUACAGUAACAAGGCAGGUGGUUAUUGGUGGCAGAAAUAAAUAUUUAAUCAAUGGAGUAAAUGCAAACAAUACCAGAGUACAGGAUCUCUUUUGUUCUGUUGGCCUUAAUGUUAACAACCCUCACUUUCUCAUCAUGCAGGGCCGAAUUACAAAAGUGUUGAAUAUGAAACCUCCAGAGAUUUUGUCCAUGAUAGAAGAAGCAGCUGGAACCAGGAUGUAUGAAUACAAAAAAAUAGCUGCCCAGAAGACUAUAGAGAAAAAGGAGGCUAAGCUGAAAGAAAUUAAGACGAUACUUGAAGAAGAAAUUACUCCAACCAUUCAGAAAUUAAAAGAGGAAAGAUCUUCCUACUUGGAGUACCAAAAGCUAAUGAGAGAAAUAGAACAUUUGAGUCGUUUAUAUAUUGCUUAUCAGUUUUUGCUGGCUGAAGAUACCAAAGAACGCUCAGCUGAGGAGUUAAAAGAAAUGCAGGAUAAAAUUGUGAAGCUUCAAGAAGAAUUGUCUGAAAAUGAUAAAAAAAUAAAAGCACUUAGUCAUGAAAUAGAAGAGUUGGAAAAAAGAAAAGAUAAGGAAAUUGGAGGUAUACUCCGAUCUUUAGAAGAUGCUCUUGCAGAAGCUCAGCGAGUUAAUACUAAAUCUCAAAGUGCCUUUGAUUUCAAGAAGAAAAAUCUGGCAAGUGAAGAGAACAAACGCAAAGAGCUGGAAAAAAAUAUGGUAGAGGAUUCUAAAACUUUAGCAACAAAGGAAAAAGAGGUUAAAAAGAUAACAGAUGGGCUGAGUGCCCUUCAAGAAGCAAGUAAUAAAGAUGCUGAAGCUUUGGCUGCUGCACAGCAGCACUUCAAUGCUGUUUCCGCUGGCCUGUCCAGUAAUGAAGAUGGAGCAGAAGCAACUCUUGCUGGUCAAAUGAUGGCCUGUAAAAAUGACAUAAGUAAAGCUCAGACAGAAGCCAAACAGGCUCAGAUGAAGUUGAAACAUGCCCAACAAGAAUUAAAGACUAAACAAACAGAAAUUAAGAAGAUGGAUGGUGGCUAUAGGAAGGAUCAAGAAGCUUUAGAAGCUGUGAAGAAACUUAGAGAAAAACUUGAAGCCGAAAUGAAAAAGCUAAAUUAUGAAGAAAACAAGGAGGAAUGCCUUCUGGAAAGGCGCAGGCAGCUAUCUCGUGAUAUCAGUAGAUUGAAAGAAACAUAUGAAGCUCUCUUGGCCAGAUUUCCCAAUCUUCGAUUUGCCUACAGGGAUCCAGAGAAGAACUGGAAUAGAAAUUGUGUGAAAGGACUUGUAGCUUCACUGAUUAGUGUGAAAGAUACUUCUGCAACCACAGCUUUAGAAUUGGUGGCUGGGGACCGACUCUACAAUGUUGUAGUAGACACAGAGGUUACUGGAAAAAAGCUACUAGAAAAGGGGGAAUUGAAGCGUAGAUACACUAUAAUUCCACUGAAUAAAAUUUCAGCCAGAUGUAUUGCUCCAGAAACUCUGAGGGUUGCUCAGAAUCUUGUUGGCCCUGAUAAUGUUCAUGUGGCUCUUUCCCUGGUUGAAUACAAACCAGAACUUCAGAAAGCAAUGGAAUUUGUCUUUGGAACAACAUUUAUUUGUGACAAUAUGGAUAAUGCAAAAAAGGUAGCUUUCGAUAAAAGGAUAAUGACUAGAACUGUAACUCUAGGAGGUGAUGUAUUUGAUCCUCAUGGGACGUUGAGUGGAGGUGCUCGAUCCCAGGCAGCUUCUAUUUUAACCAAGUUUCAAGAACUCAAAGAUGUUCAAGAUGAGCUGAGAAUCAAGGAGAGUGAGCUACAGGCUCUAGAAGAAGAAUUAUCAGGUCUUAAAAACACUGCUGAAAAGUAUCGCCAACUAAAACAGCAGUGGGAGAUGAAAACUGAGGAGGCAGAUUUAUUACAAACCAAGCUUCAGCAAAGCUCAUAUCACAAGCAACAGGAAGAAUUAGAUGCUCUUAAAAAAAUCAUUGAGGAAAGUGAGGAGACCUUAAAAAACACCAAAGAAAUUCAAAAAAAAGCAGAAGAAAAAUACGAAGUAUUGGAGAAUAAAAUGAAAAACGCAGAAGCUGAAAGAGAGAGAGAACUGAAGGAUGCACAGAAGAAACUAGAUUGUGCCAAAACUAAAGCAGAUGCUUCUACCAAGAAAAUGAAAGAAAAACAACAGGAAGUUGAAGCUAUCACCCUGGAGCUAGAAGAGCUCAAGAGAGAGCAUGCAUCCAAUGAACAACAGCUUGAAGCUGUAAAUGAAGCUAUCAAAUCCUAUGAAGGUCAGAUUGCAGUAAUGGCAGCUGAGGUGGCUAAAAAUAAGGAGUUAGUAAAUAAAGCUCAAGAAGAGGUGACCAAGCAAAAAGAAGUGAUAACAGCCCAAGACAGCAUAGUUAAAGCUAAAUAUGCAGAAGUAGCAAAACAUAAGGAGCAAAACAAUGAAUCUCAGCUUAAAAUUAAGGAACUGGACCACAACAUCAGCAAACAUAAACGGGAAGCUGAAGAUGCUGCUGCAAAGGUGUCCAAAAUGUUGAAAGAUUAUGACUGGAUUAAUGCAGAGAAACACCUCUUUGGGCAACCCAAUAGCACCUAUGAUUUCAAAACUAACAACCCAAAAGAAGCUGGUCAGAGACUUCAGAAGUUGCAAGAAAUGAAGGAGAAACUAGGAAGAAAUGUCAACAUGAGAGCUAUGAAUGUACUGACAGAAGCUGAAGAGCGGUAUAAUGACUUGAUGAAGAAGAAGAGAAUUGUAGAAAAUGACAAAUCAAAAAUCCUUGCAACUAUAGAAGACCUUGACCAGAAGAAAAAUCAAGCCCUAAAUAUUGCUUGGCAAAAGGUGAACAAGGACUUUGGAUCUAUUUUUUCCACUCUUUUGCCCGGUGCUAAUGCUAUGCUUGCACCACCAGAAGGGCAAAAUGUACUGGAUGGUCUGGAGUUUAAGGUUGCCUUAGGAAAUACUUGGAAAGAAAACCUAACUGAACUUAGUGGUGGUCAGAGGUCUUUAGUGGCUUUGUCAUUAAUACUGUCCAUGCUCCUCUUCAAACCUGCCCCAAUUUACAUCCUGGAUGAGGUAGAUGCAGCCUUGGAUCUUUCUCAUACUCAGAAUAUUGGACAGAUGCUACGUACUCAUUUCACACAUUCUCAGUUCAUUGUGGUGUCCCUAAAGGAAGGUAUGUUCAACAAUGCAAACGUCCUUUUCAAAACCAAGUUUGUGGAUGGUGUUUCUACAGUAGCCAGAUUUACUCAGUGUCAAAAUGGAAAAGUUCCAAAGGAAACCAAAUCCAAGGCAAAAGGACCCAAAUGAUCACAUAUGGAAGUUAAAAGUACAAAUUUAUUCUUUCACCUUGACCUAUUUUUUAAACAUAAACUUUUUAAGAACUUGGGAUUGAUGUAAUUUGUUCAUAUAAAAAAUUUAGUAUCAUUUUGUUACCUAACCCAUUUUCUCUUCCUUUAUAUAAUCACUUAUAAAUGAGCAUAAAUUCCUCUGUUCUGAAUUAGUGUUAACUAUGGUCCAAUUACUGUGAGUGUGAUUUUAUGUAUGUCAUCAAAUGUUUUUUCUUACACAAGUCUUUUAUAUAUUAGGGAGCCAGAGAUACAUAUUUGGUGGUAAAUUUUGUAUGUAAAAGCAAAAUUACAAAGAAACAGAUGAAAUUAAAUUAUAGGAUAAAUAUAGCUGAUAAUCAGCUUUUAAUAAUUAGCUAAUUCCUACGGUAAUAUUUGUGUGUUUUCUAUUGCUAAUAAUGUCAUUCAGGUAAGGAAGAAUUAUAAAGCAAGUAGCUGGACCAACAAAGGGAACACAAAGAAAGCUAUUAGGCAUGCACUGAGUUAUUUGUGGUUAGUUCCUUGAGGACAAUGCCAGAUCCUUGAUUUAGACUCAGAUGGGAAGCAGAUCUUAAAAGAUUUCUGUCAGUCAUUUUUAAUGAUGUUUGAAUAUCAUGUUUCUGUAUGCUUAGUAAUUGGUCUGUGCAGUCUUGUCUUUUUAAAAAUCUUUAUGAGUAUUUUAAUAAAAGCUUGGGAGAAAGGUAUGUUGCAUGCUGCUCUCUGUUGCAAGUUUAUCUGAAGUCUCCUAAUAUUUUCAAAAAGAUUUUUGUCAGCCUUUUCAUAAUCCAAUCAAUCAAUAACAAUCUAUUGGUGAGUGAGAAUAGGAGCCAAUAUAUAUAAAUAAAUAGAUCCAUCUGUUCUACCAAAAGGACUCAAAAUUUGAUGAUUAUUAUAUUUCUUAGUGUCCUCUGCUUUCCAGCUUAAAACCAUGAAUUUCCUUUAAGAUUUCAAAAGAUGGCGCUAAUAAACACCGUAAGAAUACUAUAUAUGGUUCUUAGUAUCUCUUAGUAUGUCCCUAGAACCAUGUGUUUCAAACUCCAAAUCUUGAAAGUUCUGACACAAUCUAAUCUGACCUUGGGUAUGCUAUUUUGGCCCCACAUUUCUUAAUACUUGAGUCUCAGUUCCUUUGUGGCAUCCUUUUCCUAAUGUAUGCUCAUACUUCCUGGCCUGGGUUUAAUACUUCUCAUGCUUCAUCCUCAUAUCAUAUCUGAGCAUGUCAGAUAACACCCAGGUAACUGAUACUGUGGGGCACAUUGGAAAGACUGAAUAUGGAAUUAGUUCUGUCCACUGUGGGAGGAGAAGGAGACAAAGCUGUAAAUGCUGAGUUACAGGAAGUCCAGUGUCACAUGCAAGAGACGUAAGUAUAUUUCUUUUCAAAUGUUUUGCAAAUCGUUUGCCAAAAAGAAUUACAUCAUCAGUUCACACUGUCACCAAUAUAGUAUGCCUGUUGACUAAAACCUAGUCAGACCUGGCUGUUAAUUUUAAUAUUUCUAAUUUACUAGUUAUAAAAUGGUAUUUAAUUGCUAUUUGAAUGAUCAUUUUAUAAGUAACUUGUGGGAUUGAAUAUUUUGCAUAUGUACUGAUUUUGUUUCCUCUGCUAACAAAUUUUCUAUUUGUUUGCUUUCUGAUGGAAAUCCUCAAACAUAUUAAAUUUUUGUGAGUAAUAUCAUUAUUCUUUGAUUAGAGGGAACACAUUAAGGGGAAUGGGAACAUUUGUUUCAAACAUCUGCAAUAAUAUGAGUAAUAUUUAUUGAGCUUUUUCUAUACAUCAGACACUAUUUUCAUUUGCACACGUUUUCACACUUAAUCCUAGUAAUCCUAGUAAUAAUCCAGUGAGGUAAGUAACUUAUUAUCAGCACUAUAUAACGGAGGAAAUUGAAUUGAGCAGAGAAGUUAAGAAACUUGCCCACAGUGUUCAUACAGUUACUGAAUAGCAGAGCCAAGAUACAAAUCUUAGUAGUUGGUCUCCAGAACCUAUUAUACACUACCUCUCUGACAGCUCAAACAUCUGCAUUUAUCGUACAUAGUAAAUUUAAAAGAGGUCUGGAUGACUAGUAUGCACAACAUGUGAAAAUUAUCUUUCUUUAGGAAGAACCGCCAACAUUUGAAGAAAGGAUUCCUUGUAUUUUUGUUUUGGUAUUUCACGUAUGCUAACAGCAAAUGCAAAAGCAAAGACUUGAGAAUCCCUCUUCCAUAUGGUGGAGUAAUCUAACAGGCCAGUACUCCCACAGUCAUGUCAUUUGCAAAUAAGAGUGAUGAGAGCUGGCAUAUUUGCCUUUUCCCCAAAAUUAGGAGCAUUCAGUCUUUCAGCACUGAAUAUAAUGUUAGUUCUAGGCCUUUGGUAGAUACGCUUUAUCAAGUUAAAGAAGUUCCCUUCUAUUCCAAGUUUGAUCAUAAUUUUGUCAUGGAUGGGUGUUGAAUUUUCUCAAAUGCUUUUUCUGCAUUGAUAUGACCAGAUGACUUUUUCUUUACACCUGUUAAUGUUUUAAAUUUACAUUGCUUAAUUUUUGAAUAUUAAACAAACAAGCCUUGUAUCCUUGGAAUAAACCCCACUAGGUCAUGAUGUAUAUUUCUUUUUAGCUGUUGCUGGACUCUAUUUGCUAAUAGUUUGAUCAUGAUUUUUGUGAAUAUUCAUGAGGGGCAUUGUUCUGUAGGGUUUUUUGGUUUGUUUGGGUUUUUUUUUCUUCUACUUUUUGGUUUCAGGGUAAUACUAGCUUUAUAAAAUGAAUUUGGAAAUGUUUCCUCUUCUGUUUUCUGGAGGGUUGUAUAGAAUUGGUGUUAAUUCUUUAUUUUGUAGAAUUUUCCUGUGAAACCAUCUGGGCCUAGAGAUUGGGGAGGGGGGUCGUAAAAUGAGUACAGUUUCUUUAAUAGUUAUUGGGCUAUUUAAAUUAUCCAUUUCAUAUUGGGUGACUUGUGAUAGUUUGUAUUUUUUGAGGAACUGUUUCAUCUAAACUGUCAAAUUAGUGUAUAGAGGUUAUGGCAUUUCCUCAUUAUCCUUCUGAUGUCUUCAAGUUCUAAAUUGAUAUCCCUUGUUUUAUUCCUGAUAAUGGUAAUUUGUGUCUUUUCUCUUUUUAUCUUUGUCAGUCUUGCUGGAGAUUUGUCAAUUUUAUUGUCUUCAAAGAUUUUCUAAUUUACAUUUUGACUAUGGAAUUUUUUUUGGAGUGUUUUUCUUACUAUCCAAAUACUUGGAGAUUUUCCAGGGAGCUUUAUUUUACUGAUUUCUAGUUUAAUUUUGUUAUGGUCAGGGCUCAUACUUUGUAUCAUUUCAAUUUUUAAAAAAAUUGUUAGAAAAUGAUAGAUUUAAGUACUUCUAUUAGGAAAUUUAAAAAGAUACAAAUUCAGUGAUCUAAAGUUCUCUUAAUCUUCUUUUUUCUAGAUAAGAAUAAAAUAAACCCAAAUUAAAUAGAUAGAAAUAAUAAAGUGUAAAAAUCAACAAUGUAUACGACAGAAGAACAAUGGAGAAAAUCAAUGAAACCAACAUCUGUUUCUCAAAAGAGCAACAAAAUCAGUAGAUCUCUAAUUAGACCAAUCAAGUAAACCAGAGAAAUUACAAAUCACAAAUAUCAGGAAUGAAGGAAGAGUUGACACUAUGGAUCUUACCUUACUUAAAAGGAUACAAAAUUAUGACCAUUUUUACGCCAGUAAAUUUGACAACUUAAGACAAAAUAGAACAAUUAGGAAAAUAAAACUCACCAAAACUGACACAAGAAGAGACAAAACCUGAAUAGCCUCACAUCUAUGAAUACAAUUGAAAUUAUUAUUAAAUAUCUUCCCACAAAGAAAACUCCAAUCCCAUAUAGUUUCUCUUAUUAAUUUUUCCAUUCAAUGAAGAAAUAACACCAAUCAUAAUUAUACAAAGUUUUUCAGAAAGUAGAGGGGGAGGGAAUACUUCCAACUUAUUUUAUGAGGCCAGUGUCGUCUGAUACUAGAACUUGACAAAGACAUUACAAAACAAACAAGAAAGUAACAGAACAGUGGUCCUCAUGAACAUAGGAACAAAAAUCCUGAAAAUAUUAGCAAGCCAAAUCUAACAACAUCUAUAAAAGCUAAGCCAUUUUCAGGUUUUUCAAAAGAUGGUACUGACAUAUUUAUUUGGAAAAACAAGCAUACAUGAAGAGUAACUAAAAAUGAGUCAUAGACCCAAAAGUAGUUAAAACACUUCUAGAAGACCAUUUUGGUGGCCUUAGAUUAGGCAAAGAUUUCCUAGGACAAAAAACAAACCAUAAAAAAAAAAAGACAAAUGGAACAUUAAAAUUGAAUUGAAAAUCUCUUCAAAAGAUAACAAAAAGACCACAGACUAGGAGAAAUUAUUUGCAGUGUACAGAGUUGACAGAAUUGAGUACAAGAUGUAUAAAGAACUUAUAACUAACAUUGGAUAUUUGCAUGAAUGGUGCAAAAGCAGUGGUAGGUAAAACUGCUGUCACUUGGCAUAAAUCAAGGCAGUGCCACACUGUACAAGUAGUACUGAUCGCAUUCUUCACUGCCAUUUAUUUGAAUUUUUUAAAAAUGGCAGUUUCACUUGAGUGUAUUUAAUGAAGCUGUAAAAGUUAUAUCUCAACAUCUUGAGUACAUGUCUUCAAUAACCUGAGUGAUAAAAUGAGAAUUAUGUAUAAAGCACAUAUCAAAACAUGGUUUUUUUCAGAAAUGCAGUUAUUUCAGUUGGGGUCUGAAGUAACCCUUUUCAUGGAAUUCCAUUUUUACUUGAACAGAUAGACUAAGACAAACUAUAGUUAUUAAGUCUAUGGUAUUUGGUAGACAUCUGUCAAAAAUGAACAAAGUGAGCCUGUCAUAAGAACCUGACAUUUUUGUUGCAAAUAAUAAAAUUGUAGCUCUCAAAUGAAAAUUAGAAUUUUGGCAACCUUGUAUUCCUCAUUGUGGACUUUACAUCUUCUCAAUACUAAAGACUUUUCUGAUAACACUGGUAGUAAUAUUAACACGUGGGAUUUUUUUUUAGGUAUUGUAUUAUGAAAUGUGUUAACAUUUUGAAGACCUGCAUAACUCAGUGAAUGGUAUUUUCCAGUGACCAGUGUGUGAUGUUACAAAAUCAUGGAUGGGUAAAAUAGCCAUUCUAAUUACAGGAAAGACCAGUGAUUCUAGUGUUAGAAGGUAGGAGAACUUUUGACACAGUUUCAGAUUCCACAUAGCAACUGGCUUAAGAAGCUGUCACUUGUUGCAUUUUGUUGUUAGUAUCAGGAAAGAAUAUCUACAUUAUCUAAUACUCCUCCCCUUCCCAACUAUGUGUUCAUUCUCAACUCUAGACAGGAAACUUGAAUAAGUUGUGUAAGUAGAAAGGGGUGGAGGCAGGAUUUAAACUCAGACUGUCUAGCUGAAGAGCCAUACUCCUAGCCAUUAUGAUAUAACAAACUGUAAGUUAGUUAGGUAUACUCCUUGCCUUGUACCUGGAGCUGAGAGAACAUUCACAUUAUUUUCCAUAGGUGAGAUUCUUAUGUCACAUGUCAUGCAUGGGUGGGAGCAAGGAGUGAUAUAUUUAAAUCCAUUGUAGAGAACAAAGAUUGCAGAUUAGUCCUAAGGGUUUAGUGAGAUAGUAUGGUUACUAAUCCCUAAAGGUGUGACAGAAUGGUAGGCAUAAGCGGUCCCUUUUCUUGCCACCAGUUAAGGAUCAGAGUUUUCUUCAAUGGCCUGAGGCUUCACGUAUUAUCCUUUACCACUUACGCGGGUUAUAGGAUGAGCUCUGUUACCUGAUGGUCAUUCAGCAUCUAAAGUUCUUUUAAAUCUCAAGGCUCACUCUUGCUGCAUUCUGCGUAUUGGUCCUAGUGCACACUGCUGCCCUAUUUAGACAUUUUGGCAUUCUAAGCCCUCUAAUCACAGCCUAUCUUAAACUGUCUUUCUGAAGGAGCCCUACCCCACCCAAUCUGCAACAGCUGCCACUCCUGAACACAGCUUUCUUCUCUAUCUCUACGUUUUUGCGCAUGCUGUUCUCUCCACGUAGAAGUUACUCUGUACCAUCCUACCUACAGUGUACCAUUCCUCAAGAUUCUGCUCAAAAGUCGCCACUUCUAUGGAUCCUUCUCUAUUCCCAUCCCCUUCAAACGGCAUCAAAAAAUAGUCCAAAGUUGUAGUAACUGAACACGUCUUAGUUCUUCUAGUACAUUAUAAACUGCUGAGUGCAUCUCUUUAGAGCUCGUAACCUAUUAGUGCCUUGAUCUCAAAGAUUAUUUGCUUAAUAAAUGAGUAUAAGGAAUCAUAAAAGUUAAAGAUGGAACAGACCAUGGUAUUAACUCAUUACCACACUGUAUGGAUUAUCAAACUAACUAGAAUGAGAUAGAUUGACCCAUAUUCACUCUGAAAAGUUACUAGUAGGAUUUUGUCAUAUAACCAUGCUUGUUAAUGAAGUGUCACAGUAAAAUUUUAUAAGCCAGGAUUUCAUGCUAGAGAUUUUUUCCUCCAAAGAAUUAAAAGAAUUGAUGGUAUCAGCCCUUUUAUAUAUUAUUAUCUAUUAUUUCCUAUUCUACUGACAUUUUUGUAGGUGUGAAAAGUAUAUAAAUUGUCUAAACUAUUGUAUUCCAAAGUUGAAAGGUUUUUAUUUCACAUCAACUUUAAUCAAAGACAUAAUUUUAAAUCCCUUAGUAACUUAGGUAUAGAAGUUUGCUUCAUUGUUAAUUACUUAGGAUUAAAAAUCCACAGCAGAUGUUAAUUUGAGGAAAAGAAAAGAAAAAAAAUCUAAACAAGACUUUUAUCCUGAGAGUGCUUCCAGCUCAGCAUAAGGAGGCAGGUGUUAAACAUACCCUGACUACCCGUGCUUUGGGGGACCAGAAAGAGCAUGAAUAAUUUACUUUUAUAAACAACUCCAGUACGUUAGCUUUAUCUUCCACCCCCUCUCUCAAGUAAUUUCCACCAGGCCUACGUGGACCAAAACUGCACGGUGCUGCCAAUCCACGGCCUGUGCUCUUCCCUGGUGGGUUGCUGUUGAAAACGUGAGAAGGCGAAACGUAGAUUCAGGAUAAAGAGAGAAAAGAAAGGAAGAAAACAAGCAUAUGUUGCAUGUAGUUUCACCUGUUACCUGAUUUUAACAACAAAGUUGCUGUGAUCAUUCUCAUAGAUGAGAAAACAGAGGCUCAGAGAAGCUAAUUUACCUCCUCAGUUAAGGUGCAGCAAAAUCAGAAUUUGAAUGUGGCUCUUAACGCCAAGGUUCAUGAUCUUUCAACUACACAACUGUUUCUAAAGUAUUACUUUAAAAUGUAAAAACUAUUUAAAGGAAAAAAAAACUUUACACCUAAGAUUUACUUAAAUAUGUAUAACUUUGAAAUGAACUCCUUUUGCCUUCCAUUCUCAUAAAACUGUAAAAUAACAAAAAAUACAAAAUGAGUACAAACCACCACAAAAACUAAGUUUAGCUCAAUAACGUCUAAUUAUGCAGGUAAAGGUGAAAUAGUUAAUGCUUAGAGCGAGACUCUGAAGAGCAGCGUGUUAAUGUGAAUCUUGUAAUGAAUCAUUUUCCCACCACUUCCCUCACUCUUCACCACUAUAAAACCUUGUACGGCACGCUAUAAUGUCAUUUUCUCAUCACCUGCUGGGUGUACAUAUUAAGAACACCUCGGUGCUUUUAUUUCAUAGCCUAUUAAAAUACCUCUACUUCAUGCUAAAGAGAUUGUUUAUAGAAGUAUAAAUGAAAUCACCAUGCAAUGCUUAAUAUGCAAGCUGUUGAGAUGAGCCCCAAAUAUUAUGUAUGUAUUUUUAAACUUACCAAAAUAAAAGCACAAAAAUUUAACUGAAGGCAUUACAGACCUGAGAACGUAUCCUGAGAUUGCUCCCCAGAGAUCCUCAAAUUGCAGUUUGAAAAAGAUUGCACUAUAGUAUAUCAAAGAUAUACUGACAUAAUUUGUAUAGAGGAUCAUUAUUCUCUAACAAAGGCAAGGUUCUUUUCACAGCAGCAUUUUUACUAGUAUUUCACAUCUCUGUUCCACUAUACUUCAUGUAGGAUAAAGCUUCUCCACCUUCCUGAAAGGUGACAGCUUCAGAACACCCUUCCUGCCUGUUAUUUUGGGACUAAGGAAAGCUAGCUGGAAUAGCUCUCCCAUUUUGGGUCUAAUUUUUAAUUUCUCAAAGCCCUGUAAAAAUGUCAAAUGUAAUGCAACCUAUUUAUUAUGCCUCUUUCAUAAUGUGAAAUUGAUAAUAUCAAACUGAUAGGAUGAUAGAAAAAUUAAAUUAGACAAUGGUACAUGUUUGUCCUUUCUUGAAACAUGUAAGGUACAGAAAACAUGUUAAACCCUAUUCCCACUAGCAUAUGGAGACAAGGUAUGGAAACAACCUAAGUGUCCAUUGAUGGAUGAAUGGAUAAAGAAAAUGUGAUACACACACACACACACACACACACACACACACACACACACACACACACACAGGAAUAUUAUUCAGCCAUGAAAAAGGACAUCUUGCCAUUUGCAACAACAUGGAUGGACUUUGAGGACAUUAUACUAAGUGAAAUAAGUGAGACAGAGAAAGACAAAUACCAUAUGAUCUCACUUACAUGUGGAAUCUAAAACAAAACAAAAAAACCCUAAGCUUGCAGAGAACAGAUUGGUGGUUCCCAGGGGUGGGGGAUGGGCGAAAUGGGUGAAGAGGGUCGAAAGGUAAAAACUUUCAGUUAUAAAAUAAAUAAAUAAUGGGGACGUAACGUACAGCAUGGUGAUUAUAGUUAAUACUAUAUUGUAAUUUGAAAUUUGAUAAGAGAGAUCUUAAAAGUUCUCAUAAAAAAUUUUUAUAACUAAGUAUGGCAAUGGAUGUUAACUAGGCUUACUGUGGUGAUCAUUUUGCAAUAUAUACAAAUACUGACAUUAUAUUGUAUACCUGAAACUAAUAUAAUGUUAUAUGUCAGUUUCACCUCAAUUUUUAAAAAACGAAGCUGGAAAGCAGUCUAGGACUGGAUUGAGAAAAGUCUAUUUGACUUUCAACUGUCCUCUUAACAAAUUAAUUUGAACGGAAAAUUGAUGCUAGAAAAUCUAAUCAGAUAUCAGGAGAAUAAAAUUGAAACUCUCUCCUAAAAUAUAAAAGGAAAACGGACAAAAAUUAUUCAAAUGUGGCUGUAGCCCCAUUUAGAAAUUAGAAAAUUUAGCACAAUUCUAACAAGAGCAAUAACCAGAGACAUAAUUAAAAUGUUCCUGAAUGGGAAAAAAAUACGACAAAGGCAGGUAAAAGAUGUUCCUGCAUUUUAGGCAAAAUUGUUGGAAAAGGAACCACAUCUAAAGCUAUCUAGGCCUUCUGAUUUGCUUUUUAUUACAAAGGCACCGUCUCUAACUAAACUGGAAGUCUGAUAAAUUCAAACUUGAAUUCAUGGUGUGAAAAUUGUCAAUUUACUAACUUUUUAACUCCAGGCACAUUAAAUAGACUACACUUUUUGGUGCCUCCCGCUCUGUCUAAACUACAGACAAUGACAACAAACCUAACUCAGUAACCUGGGAUGGAAAUAAGGUUCCGCUUAGGUUCUUAAGCCUUGGAGAGAGUCUGGGUAACAGAGCAUCAGAAUCAACACGUCCCUUUCAGGAGCCUCUCAUCCUUUCACGCCUGCCUCAGGCACUCUCCUUUUCUUCCCUCCUGAACCUGUCCGCUCAAGUCUUGCUGACAAACCUGAUUCUCCCACUUUUGCCUGGCCUUUUGGUGUUUAAUGGCAUGCUCUUGUAGGUAGAUCCUUUGCCAGUAUUUCUACAGGACAAUUUUUCCCCAGUACUAUCUUUUUUUUCCCCAAAGCCCUGUUCCUACCUCACUUCCAGGUCCAGCCUCAGUCUCUUGAACUACAGCCCAGGCUCAGCCUUGCGUCCUCUGCUUGUCUGGGAAGGAAAUUUGGACCUUUAGAAUAUUUUUAAGUAAAAAUAUUCUAAUGAGGAAUUCGACUCAUAAAUGCUUUCUUUCUCUAAAAGAACAUCCAAACUUUGGGAGAAUAAUGCCAACUAAUCUAGUUAUUGCAGAAUCCCUUAAAGCAAUGAUGCUCUCCAACAUGUCACAGGGAACAUUAUCAAAUAAUCCAGAUAAAAAGGCUUGUCGCACAUUAAGUUUAUAAAUGUAGCAACUGCCACAAUGGAAGAAUUUCUUAGCACUGAAUCUUUCAGGUGAUCACAACAAAUUAACGUGCUGGUGCAAAGACCUGUUUUAGCAGGUGUGCAGGUUGUGACAGAUUCCACUGAAAUUGCAAUGAGCAGUCUUCAUGUUUUUACAUUUCUUUUCCUGUGAACACAUGCUCAGAGAUAUUUCAGUUCUAGUUUUUAGCUUCUCACCCAAAUUAUCAUUCUUAAUACAAAUUCCUGUUUGCACCUGAAAGCACUCCAUUUCAACUGGUGUUUUCUUACAGCAUGUAUACAUUAUUUAAUAUUAAAAUGUUUCAAAGUGAGCUUAUUAAAACCCGCACCAUCUUUUUGGUUGGUAUGACUCAGGAAAUACAGUGAGGAGGCAGCAGUUAUUUGGAGAGGGAGAGGCAUCAGUUCGCAGAUCACUUUUGUUAGAAAACAUGGUGGGGGAAGUUAUAUGUUGAACACUUCGGCUAUUUGCCAUUUCCCAAGAAAGCAAAAAAUGCCCCAAGCCACAUAUAGCUUUUCCAUUCCACACGCAUAUGAAACAAAAUUAGAAAGUACUAACAGUAGUGCAGGACUUUUACAAUUGCACUUGGAUAUUCUCUCAUUUUCAAACUUUAAAUUACAUCAUUAAACUUAUUUUAACUAUUUUUUUCUUUAUGUUUUCAUGUGGUUUUUUUUGAAUUUUAUUUAUUUUUAUACAGCAGGUUCUUAUUAGUCAUCUAUUUUAUACAUAUUAGUGUAUAUAUGUCAAUCCCAAUCUCCCAAUUCAUCCCACCACCACCUCCCCACCCCCAGCUUUCCCCCCUUGGUGUCCAUACGUUUGCUCUCUACAUCUGUGUAUCUAUUUCUGCCUUGCAAACUGGUUCAUCUGUACCAUUUUUCUAGAUACCACAUAUAUGCCUUAAUGUAUGAUAUUUGUUUUUCUCUUUCUGACUUACUUCACUCUGUAUGACAGUCUCUAGGUCCAUCCACAUAUCUACAAAUGACCCAAUUUCAUUCCUUUUUAUGGCUGAGUAACAUUCCAUUGUAUAUAUGUACCACAUCUUCUUUAUCCAUUCGUCUACCAGCGGACAUUUAGGUUGCUUCCAUGACUUGGCUAUUGUAAAUAGUGCUGCAAUGAAUAUUGGAGUGAAAGUGUCUUUAUGAAUUAUGGUAUUCUCUGGGUAUAUGCCCAGUAGUGGGAUUGCUGGGUCAUAUGGUAAUUCUAUUUUUAGUUUUUUAAGGAACCUCCAUAAUGUUCUCCAUAGUGGCUGUAUCAACUUACAUUCCUACCAACAAUGCAAGAGGGUUCCCUCUUCUCCACACCCUCUCCAGCAUUUGUUGUUUGUAGAUUUUCAGAUGAUUAACGGUGAGAGGUGAUACCUCAUUGUAGUUUUGAUUUGCAUUUCUCUAAUAAUUAGUGAUGUUGAGCAGCUUUUCACGUGCCUCUUGGCCAUCUGUAUGUCUUCUUUGGAGAAAUGUCUAUUUAGGUCUUCUGCCCACUUUUUGAUUGGGUUGUUUGUUUUUUUAGUAUUGAGCUGCAGGAGCUGUUUAUAUAUUUUGGAGAUUAAUCCUUUGUCCGUUGAUUCAUUUGCAAAUAUUUUCUCCCAUUCUGAGGGUUGUCUUUUCCUCUUGUUUGUACUUUCCUUUGCUGCGCAAAAGCUUUUAAAGUUUCAUUAGGUCCCAUUUGUUCACUUUUGUUUUUAUUUCCAUUACUCUAGGAAGUGGGUCAAAAAAGAUCUUGCUGUGAUUUAUGACAAAGAGUGUUCUUCCUAUGUUUUCCUCUAAGAGUUUUAUAGUGUCUGGUCUUACAUUUAGGUCUUUAAUCCAUUUUGAGUUUAUUUUUCUGUGUGGUGUUAGGGAGUGUUCUAAUUUCAUUCUUUUACAUGUAGCUGUCCAGUUUUCCCAGCACCACUUAUUGAAGAGACUGUCUUUUCUCCAUUGUAUAUCCUUGCCUCCUUUGUCAUAGAUUAGUUGACCAUAAGUGUGUGGGUUUAUCUCUGGGCUUUCUAUCGUGUUCCAUUGAUCUAUAUUUCUGUUUUUGUGCCAAUACCAUAUUGUCUUGAUUACUGUAGCUUUGUAGUAUAGUCUGAAGUAGGGAGCCUGAUUCCUCCAGGUCCAUUUUUUCCCCUCCAGAAUUCUUUGGCUAUUUGGGGUCUUUUGUGUCUCCAUACAAAUUUUAAGAUUUUUUUGUUCCAGUUCUGUAAAAAAUGUCAUUGGUAAUUUGAUAGGGAUUGCAUUGAAUCUGUAGAUUGCUUUGGGUAGUAUAGUCAUUUUCACAAUAUUGAUUCUUCCAAUCCAAGAACACGGUAUUUCUCUCCAUCUGUUUGUGUCAUCUUUUAUUUCUUUCAUGAGUAUAUUACAGUUUUCUGAGUACAGGUCUUUUGCUUCCUUAGGUAGGUUUAUUCGUAUGUAUUUUAUUCUUUUUGUUGCAAUGGUGAAUGGGAUUGUUCCCUUAAUUUCUCUUUCUGAUCUUUUGUUGUUAGUGUAUAGGAAUGCAAGAGAUUUCUGUGCAUUAAUUUUGUAUCCUGCAACUUUACCAAAUUCAUUGAUUAGCUCUAGUAGUUUUCUGGUGGAGUGUUUAGGAUUAUCUAUGUAUAAUAUCAUGUCAUCUGCAAACAGUGACAGUUUUACUUCUUCUUUUCCAAUUUGGAUUCCUUUUAUUUCUUUUUCUUCUCUGAUUGCUGUGGCUAGGACUUCCAAAACUAUGUUGAAUAAUAGUGGUGAGAGUGGACAUCCUUGUCUCGUUCCUGAUCUUAGAGGAAAUGCUUUCAGUUUUUCACCAUUGAGAAUGAUGUUUGCUGAGGGUUUGUCGUAUAUGGCCCUUAUUAUGUUGAGGUAGGUAACCUCUAUGCCCACUUUCUGGAGAGUUUUUAUCAUAAAUGGGUGUUGAAUUUUGUCAAAAGCUUUUUCUGCAUCUGUUGAGAUGAUCAUAUGGUUUUUAUUCUUCAAUUUGUUAAUAUGGUGUAUCACAUUGACUGAUUUGUGUAUAUUGAAGAAUCCUUGCAUCCCUGGGAUAAAUACCACUUGAUCAUGGUGUAUGAUCCUUUUAAUGUGUUGUUGGAUUCUGUUUGAUAGUAUUUUGUUGAGGAUUUUUGCAUCUAUAUUCAUCAGUGAUAUUGGUCUGUAAUUUUCUUUUUUUGUAGUAUCUUUGUCUGGUUUUGGUAUCAGGGUGAUGGUGGCCUCGUAGAAUGAGUUUGGGAGUUUUCCUUCCUCUGCAAUUUUUUGGAAGAGUUUGAGAAGGAUGGGUGUUAGCUCUUCUCUAAAUGUUUGAUAGAAUUCACCUGUGAAGCCAUCUGGUCCUGGACUUUUGUUUGUUGGAAGAUUUUUAAUCACAGUUUCAAUUUCAUUACUUGUGAUUGGUCUGUUCAUAUUUUCUGUUUCUUCCUGGUUCAGUCUUGGAAGGUUAUACCUUUCUAAGAAUUUGUCCAUUUCUUCCAGGUUGUCCAUUUUAUUGGCAUAGAGUUGCUUGUAGUAGUCUCUUAGGAUGCUUCGUAUUUCUGCAAUGUCUGUUGUAACUUCUUUUUCAUUUCUAAUUUUAUUGAUUUGAAUCCUCUCCCUCUUUUUCUUGAUGAGUCUGGCUAAAAGUUUAUCAAUUUUGUUUAUCUUCUCAAAGAACCAGCCUUUAGUUUUAUUGAUCUUUGCUAUUGUUUUCUUUGUUUCUAUUUCAUUUAUUUCUGCUCUGAUCUUUAUGAUUUCUUUCCUUCUGCUAACUUUGAGGGUUUGUUUUUGUUCUUCUUUCUCUGGUUCCUUUAGGUGUAAGGUUAGAUUAUUUAUUUGAGAUUUUUCUCGUUUCUUGAAGUAGGAUUGUAUUGCUGUAAACCUCCCUCUUAGGACUGCUUUUGCUGCAUCCCAUAGGUUUUGGAUCAUCGUGUUUUCAUUGUCAUUUGUCUCUAGGUAUUUUUUGAUUUCCUCUUUGAUUUCUUCAGUGAUAUCUUGGUUAUUUAGUAAUGUAUUGUUUAGCCUCCAUGUGUUUGUAUUUUUUACAAUUUCUUCCCUGGAAUUUACUUCUAAUCUCAUAGUGUUGUGGUCAGAAAAGAUGCUUGAUAUGAUUUCAGUUUUCUUAAAUCUACCAAGGCUUGAUUUGUGACCCAAGAUGUGAUCUAUCCUGGAGAAUGUUCCAUGUGCACUUGAGAAGAAAGUGAAAUCUGCUUUUUUUGGAUGGAAUGUCCUAUAAAUAUCAAUUAAAUCUAUCUGGUCUAUUGUGUCAUUUAAAGGUUGUGUUUCCUUAAUUUUCUGUCUGGAUGAUCUGUCCAUUGGUGUAAGUGAGGUGUUAAAGUCCCCCACUAUUACUGUGUUACUGUUGAUUUCCUCUUUUAUAGCUGUUAGCAUUUACCUUGUGUAUUGAGGUGCUCCUAUAUUGGGUGCAUAUAUAUUUAUAACUUAUAUCUUCUCAUAUUCAUCCCGUGAUCAUUAUGUAGUGUCCUUCCUUGUCUCUUGUAACAUUCUUUAUUUUAAAGUUAUUUUAUCUGAUAUGAGUAUUGCUACUCCAGCUUUCUUUUGAUUUCCAUUUGCAUGGGAUAUCUUUUUCCAUCCCCUCACUUUCAGUCUGUAUGUGUCCCUAGGUCUGAAAUGGGUCUCUUGUAGACAGCAUAUAUAUGGCUCUUGUUUUUGUAUCCAUUCAGUGAGCCUUUGUCUUUUGGUUGGAGCAUUUAAUCUAUUCACAUUUAAGGUAAUUAUUGAUAUGUAUGUUCCUAUUACCACUUUCUUCAUUGUUUUGGGUUUGUUUUUGUAGGACCUUUUCUUCUCCUGUGUUUCACAUUUAGAGAAGUUCCUUUAGCAUUUGUUGUAGAGCUGGUUUGAUGGUGCUGAAUUCUCUUAGCUUUUGCUUGUCUGUAAAGCUUUUGAUUUCUCUGUCAAAUCUGAAGAUCCUUACUGGGUAGAGUAAUCUUGGUUGUAGGUUCUUCCCUUUCAUCACUUUAAGUAUAUCAUGCCACUCCCUUCUGGCUUGUAGAGUUUCUGCUGAGAAAUCAGCUGUUAACCUUAUGGGAGUUCCCUUGUAUGUUAUUUGUCAUUUUUCCCUUGCUGCUUUCAAUAAUUUUUCUUUGUCUUUAAUUUUUGCCAGUUUGAUUACUAUGUGUCUCGGCGUGUUUCUCCUUGGGUUUAUCCUGUAUGGGACUCGCUGCACUUCCUGGACUUGGGUGGCUAUUUCCUUUCCCAUGUUAGGGAAGUUUUCGACUAUCAUCUCUUCAAAUAUUUUCUCUGGUCCUUUCUCUCUCUCUUCUCCUUCUGGGACCCCUAUAAUGCGAAUGUUGUUGUGUUUCAUGUUGUCCCAGAGGUCCCUUAGGCUGUCUUCAUUUCUUUUCAUUCUUUUUUCUUUAUUCUGUUCUGCAGCAGUGAAUUCCACCAUUCUGUCUCCAGGUCACUUAUUCAUUCUUCUGCCUCAGUUAUUCUGCAAUUGAUUCCUUCUAGUGUAUUUUUCAUUUCAAUUAUUGUAUUGUUCAUCUCUGAAUAAUUGUUUGUUCUUUAAUUCUUCUAGGUGUUUGUUCUUUAAAUCUUCUAGGUCUUUGUUAAACAUUGCUUGCAUCUUCUCGAUCUUUGCCUCCAUUCUUUUUCUGAGGUCCUGGAUCAUUUUCACUAUCAUUAUUCUGAAUUCGUUUUCUGGAAGGUUGCCUAUCUCCACUUCAUUUAGUUGGUUUUCUGGAGUUUUAUCUUGUUCCUUUAUCUGUUACAUGGUUCUCUGCCUUUUCAUUUUGUCUAUCUUUCUGUGUAUGUAGUUUUCGUUCCACAGGCUUGUGCAGGAUUGUAGUUUUUCUUACUGCUGCUGUCUGCCCUCUGGUGGAUAAGGCUAUCUAAGAGGCUUGUGCAAGCUUCCUGAUGAGAGGGACUGGUGGUGGGUAGAGUUGGAUGUUGCUCUGGUGUGCAGAGCUCAGUAAAACUUUAAUCAGCGUAUCUGCUGCUGGGUGGGGCUGAGUUCCCUUCCUGUUGGUUGUUUGGCCUGAGGUGACCCAGCACUGGAGCCUGCAGCCUCUUUGGUGGGGCUAAUGGUGGACACCGGGAGGGCUCACACCAAGGAGUACUUCCCAGAACUUCUGCUACCAGUGUCCUUGUCCCUGUGGUGAGCCACAGCUGCCCCCCGCCUAUGCAGGAGACCCUGCAACACUAGCAGGUAGGUCUGGUUCAGUCUCCUAUGGGGUCACUGCUCCUUCCCCCGGGUCCUAAUGCCCACAAUACUUUGUGUGUGCCCUUCAAGAGUGGAGUCUCCGUUUCCCCCAGUCUUGUCGAAGUCCUGCAAUCAAAUCCCGCUAGCCUUCAAAGUCUGAUUCUCUGGGAAUUCCUCCUCCCAUUGCCAGACCCCCAGGUUGGGAAGCCUGACGUGGGGCUCAGAACCUUCACUCCACUGGAUGGACUUCUGUGGUAUAACUGUUCCCCAGUUUGUGAGUCACCCACCCAGCAGUUGUGGGAUUUGAUUUUUAUUGUGAUUGUGCCCCUCCUACCAUCUCAUUGUGGCUUCUCCUUUGUCUUUGGAUGUGGGGUAUCUUUGUUGGUGAGUUCCAGUGUCUUCCUGUAGAUGACUGUUCAGCAGUUAGUUGUGAUUCUGGUGCUCUUGCAAGAGGGAGUGAAUGCACGUCCUUCCACUCUGCCAUCUUGCAACUAUUUUUUAUUUAUUCUAAAUUAUAAGAAAAAUGGAUGUGCAGGGCAGAAGAAACUCAAUUUAUAUUUUAUAUCUGAACAUUAAAAAGAAAAUUAGUCCUCCCCCUCCCCACCCACACUCCUGUUUCUAGAAUAAUGCCUUUGGACCACUUCUGUUUCAGUCUUUCUUUCCUAAAUAAUAUUAGCAAUUCCCUUUCCAUUGUGUCAGUAUCAUAAAGUUUCAAGGUUUUAUUUGAGCAGGUUUCUUUUUGAUCUACAAGAUAUGGAAGUGACCUUUCUAUUUAAUUAGUUUAAGAAGAAAUUCCAUCAUGCAUUCUACUUCUUAUUUGCAUCCUCAGUCAAAUAUUGUAAUCCACCUAUCAUUGUUGUAUAGUGGACUUCUCACAAGCUAGACAAGGCAAGUCAACUUUAGCCUACAACAAGACUCAACUGAAUGAUACAAUACUGGUUCACACUUGUUUUUCUCUCAUUGGUGAUAUUCUUUUAUGUCACUCUUAUUGUAAACAUAGAACAUUAGUUUGUCUCUGAGGCCAUUCAAUUAUUUUUACAAAAGAAUUCAAGGCAGUGUUUUGUGUCAAGUUUUCUGCUGCUUUGCAUACAUCUAGUUAUUUAAGGUUCAACAAUGAAUGGCAUAGCUUCUGUAUACUUUGAACUCUGUUUAGACAAUAUUGAAUCAAUUUUGCCAUGGUCCACUGACCUGCCUCACUGCCCUCUGGGUAGAAAGAAAGAAAAUUAUAUCCUGAGGGAGGAACACAACUCUCUAGGUCCCAGGCGUCUUAGAAAGGCUUUCUUGGUCAAAACACAGAUGUGCAUUUUUCCUUAUUUAUGAUUGCUUCUAGGAGAAUACUACAUAUGUUUACUUUUUUUCUUACUAUAUAAAAUUUUGAAAGAUUACAUAAAAGAUUUGGAAGGUAUUGUGCAAAACAUGAAAUCACAGAGGAUAGUGGUAUUUAUGAGUGUUUUUUAUAUUCAAAUAAUUCAUCCAUAUUAUUGAUAAGUGUAUAUAUUGUUAUGUAGUAUACUUCAUGUUUUAAAAAUAAUGUUUACGAGGAUAACAUUGUUAAGAAACUAGAAACCACCAUAGUUUGUAUCUGACCUGGUUGCUGGGACACAAAGGAAGUUAUGUAAAGAAAAUUGAUUCAACUCAGAAAAAGCCUAGUGAAUAAUAUGUAACUUCCCUGCUUGAAUUAUGCAUGACUCUAUUUUGUUUCCCAGUCAGCCACAUCUGAGCUGAUCAUACACAUUUAUAUCAAUUUAUUAGCCAUCCAUCUAAAAAUGAAAGAUUCUAAGAGUAAUGAAAGUGUAUAGUGAGGAUGUCCAAGAAAUAAAUAACCACCUAUAUAUGUGUAAGCACUAGGCUGUCAGACACUUCUAACAGGUAAAGUAAAUAAAUUAACCCCCCCCCCAAAAUCACUUAACAGUAUACGGUGUAUAACAUGAUUCUGCAACAUAAAAUACAAAGAAUAAAGUACUUAAAAUGUAGAGAAAAUACACUUUAAAACUUUUAAAGCAAUAAAUCAAGAAAAUAAAUCAAUAAAUCAAGAAAAAUCAGGAAUUAGGUGCUUCCUUUUCUCUCAGUAUUUAUGAAACAAAAUAAACUUUAUGAAAUAAGAAAGAUAUGAUUAAAUGAAAGAAGAGCCUGGAAUAAAAUUGUGCUGAGAAGCAAACAAAUAAAAAGAAACUGCAUGAGAUAAGAAAAAACAUAAUGAUCCUAAAAAGCAAAUAAAAUAAAAAUUUACAUUAGAAACUGUUAAGCUCAGUCUGAAAAACCAAAUCAAUAUUAUGGAAAACAAAUGUACUCUUUUAGUUAUUGAAAAAAUAAAAAAGGACAUAAAAAGAGAAAAAUAAGUAAUUGAAAAUAACAGAGUUUAGCCAAAAGGGGCCUAAUACUCUUCCUAAAGAAGUGUCAGAAACAAAUUUCCUAGAAAAUAAAGAUGUAAGGGAAGAGUAUUUUCCAGAAGUGAAGAAAGGCCUGAGCUUAAAAGGUUUCACUGAGUGUUUAAUGUUUAAUGUAUCUAUAAAUAAUAUAUAAAUAUAUAAAUUAAAUGUAAGUAAGUAAUGUAUAAACAUAUGUAUUUUUUAAGUGUAAAUAAAGAAUUUCAUUAGCAUUUUGGCAAAAAUGUCUUAUGAAGGAAAAAUCUCUGACUGGCCUUGAUAUCUCCUUCACAAUAUUAUAUAUCAAAAGAUACUUAAAUAGAAUCUACAUGGAAAAAAGUCGUAACAGAUGAAUCCUACAUUCAGUCAAAUUGAUAACCAUUUGAGAAAGCAAUUAAAAUUGCAUAUAGUCCAAAUUGUAUUCCAGUGGUGCCUAACUUAAAUGCUAUUCCUUCUUUCUGAUUUUUUUAUUUGUUUGACAAACUACCUGAAAAGAAUUCAAAUUAGGUUAGGCUUACAAAGCACAGUUGAGUUCCAUAAAACUCAUAUAAGAAGUUAUACAGCACAGUAAUGUUUACUACGUACAUUUCCACUAGAAGUCUACAUUCUAAUUUUUAAGUGGUCACAAAUCUGUAUUUCAUGCAAAAUAAAAUUUCUUUAUAAUCAUAGUUUAUUAUAAUUAUGGUACCUUAAAUUUAUUGGGGCUCUAAAUUUUAUUAGAAGUAUUAAAAUGAAAUUAGAAACAAUUUAGCUCCCAAUUUACUGACAUACUAUUGAAGAAAAAGUCAGCUCCACAGGCCAAAUUAACUCUAUGUGUGCAUUUAAACAUUAAGUGCAUGCUGUUCAGAUUGGUGCAAUCUGGAUUUAGGAUCAAGAUUUCUAUGCCAAGAAUUUGGGGACACGCUGACUUAGCCUGACAUAAACAACUCUGGUGUAUUGCUAAGGUAACAUUCAGAAAUGCAGGAAUACUGUGGACAGAAGUAAGAUUCAGAUAUUGAUAGCUAAGAGUUUAUAAGUAACCAUCAUGUAUAGCCAGGCAAACAUAUUCACAUUUCACCUUGUAUUCAUAGGUCAUAGAAUAGUUUGUGUGAGUUUUAUUGGCCUUUGCAACUUCAUAAAGAGAUGGACAAGUUUUGACUAUAUCCGGUCAAAACUAUUUUCUCUUUACAAAAAUAUGUAGUUCACUAUUGAAAACACAUAUAAGACAAUAAAAAUCACUCACAAUGUUAUUACCCAGUUAUAACCAGUUCACAUUGUCAUGUAUACACUUUUGGUAUUUCUUUCUGUAAGUAUGGAAUAUAUACUCUUUUUUAAAAAGGUGCAUAUUUUUACAACUUUUUUUCUUGAACAACAUAUGUUGUUUGCAGAUGUUUUCAUGUUCUUUUACUAUAAAAUGUUAAAUUAUGUAUAUUAAUGCAUUCAUAAUUAUGGUACAUGUUUUUAUAUGACAUCUCAAUACUUACAUGUGUGUUACAUGUAUACAUAUAUGCUAUAACUAUGAUGGAAUGCAUUUACAUUCAGAUGGCAAAUAAUUAUGGAAAUUGUUCAUGAUAUUUUGU